ACCCCAUCCUUCCUGCGACUGCUUUCUGGAAACAUCCCCGGGGCACCUUCUCUGGCCAGGCUCGCUGCUCAGAGCUGGGCGCUCGGGAGACCCCAGCGGCCCCUGGCGUGGGGAGAGCCCUCCCACUGACAGUCAGGGAAACUGAGGCUCAGGACCACGGUGCUGGGGGACAGGAUGGACACCAGUCCCGCCACCCCGAGCCCCACCGGACCCCGGCCGCCGCUGCCACCCCAGACCCGGGCAAGACUCAACGCCACGGCCUCCCUGGAGCAGGAGCAGAGCCAGAACCCUGUCCUACCCGGCCCUCGCGAGGACCCUGGGCCUGAGAGGGGAGACGCGGCCACCCCAGCCGGGCCCCAGACCUCGCGCACCAGGAGCCGGGAGCCAGCAGGCUUAGCAGCAGGGCCGGCCACGGGGGACUCUGAAGUCCCCUUUGAAGAGGUCCUGGAGAGAGCCAAGGCCGGGGACCCCAAGGCCCAGACAGAGGCGGGGCGGCGCUACCUGCAGCGGGCGUGUGCCGGGGACGAGGAGCUCAACAGCUGCACCGCCGUGGACUGGCUGCUGCUGGCCGCCAAGCAGGGUCGGCGCGAGGCCGUGAAGCUGCUGCGCCGCUGUCUGGCCGAACGGAAAGGCAUCACCUCCGAGAACGAGCAGGAGGUGCGGCAGCUGAGCUCGGAGACGGAGUUGGAGCGCGCGGUGCGCAAGGCCGCCCUGGUCAUGUACUGGCGGCUGAACCCCAAGAAGAAGAAGCAGGUGGCCCUAUCGGAGCUGCUGGAGAACGUGGGCCAGGUCCACGGACAGGACGGAGGGGCGCAGCCAGGCCCCGUCCCCCAGUCCCUGCAGAAGCAACGGCGUGUCCUGGAGCGCCUGGUCAGCAGCGAAGCAAAGAGCCACCUAGCACUGGAGGACUUUGUGGAGCUCACCAAGAAAUACGCCAAGGGCAUCGUCCCCCCCAACCUGUGUCUGCAUGAGGAGGAGGAGGAGGAGCUGGCAGGGAAGAGCCCUGAGGACCUGCCCCUGCGGCUGAAGGUGUUCCGGUUCCCGCUGCACGCCAUCAUGGAGGUGAAGGAGUACCUGAUCGAGCUGGCCUCGCGCGCUGGCAUGCACUGGCUGUCCACCGUGGUCCCCACCCAGCACAUCAACGCCCUGGUCUUCUUCCUCAUCGUCAGCAACCUGACGGCGGCCUUCUUCGCCUUCCUGGUGCCGCUGGUGGUCUUCUACGUGGCCUUCGCCUCCAUGGUGGUCUGCACGCUCAAGGUCUUCCAGGACAGCAGGGCCUGGGACGGCUUCCGCUCCCUCACCAGCCUGCUGCUGCGCUUCGAGCCGGGCCUGGACGUGGAGCAGGCCGAGGGCAACUUCAGCUGGAACCACCUGGAGCCCUACGGCCACUUCCUGCUGUCCGUAGCCUUCGUCAUCCUGUCCUUCCCCGUGGCCAGCCGCGACUGGGUGCCCUGCUCCGAGCUGGCCGUGGUGGCCGUCUUCUUCACGGCCGCCAGCUACGCCAGCCUGAGCGCCUCGGCCGAGCCCUACACGCGCCGGGCGCUGCUGACCGAGGUGGCGGCCGGCCUGCUGUCGCUGCUGCCCGCCCUGCCGCUGGCCGAGGGCCACGUCCUGCGCCGCCUGGGGCAGCCGCUGUGGACGGUGCCGCUGGGCCCGCUGCUGGCGUUCAACAUCAGCCUGCCGUGCGCGCUCUACCUGCACCUGCUCUACCUGUUCUUCCGCAUGGCCCGGCUGCGCCGCUUCCGGGGCACCUACUGCUACCUGGUGCCCUACCUGGUGUGCUUCACCUGGUGCGAGCUGGCCGUGGUGCUGCUGCCGGAGGCCACGGCGCUGGGCCUGCUGCGCGCCUCGCUGGGCUACCUGCUGUUCCUCUUUGCGCUGCCGGUGCUGGCGGCCGGCCUGGCGCUGCUGGGCCUGGCGCGGCUGGCCCUCUGGGUGCUGGCGCAGGGCCCGGCCAAGGUGGCGGUGACGGCGGGCGCCUGCUGCGUGCCCCUGCUGCUGCGACGCCGGAGCCCGGCCCUCGGCCCGCUGCUGGGCGCCCUGCGCUCCGUAUCGCGCAGCUCCCUGGUGAAGCUGGCGCUGGUGUGGCUGUCGGCCAUUGUCCUCUUCUGCUGGUUCUACGCGUGCCGCUCGGAGGGCGCGCAGGUGUACAACUCCACGCUGAGCUGGUCGCGCUACGGCCACCUGUGCGGCCCCCGCGCCUGGCGGGAGAGCAACAUGGCGCGCACGCAGAUCCUGUGCGGCCACCUGGAGGGCCACCGCGUCACCUGGACCGGCCGCUUCAAGUACGUGCGGGUCACCGACACCGAGAACAGCGUGGAGGCCGCCGUCGGCCUGCUGCCCCAGGCCCUGGGCGACUGGCUGCGCUGCCUGUACGGGGAGCCCUACCCCGACUGCGGGCCCGGCGCCCCCGCGGCCCCUGCCGAGCUCUGCCGCCUCGGACCCCUGGCCGAGCGCGCCUGCCAUGUCAAGCGCUUCGACCGCUACAAGUUCGAGCUGACCGUGGGCAUGCCGCCGGAGGGAGGCGGCCGCGGCCCCGAGGACGACGACGUGACCAAGGACAUCGUGCUGCGGGCCAGCGGCGAGUUCCGGGGGGCGCUGCUGCACCUGCGGCAGGGCAGCCUGGUGGAGUUCAGCACCGUGCUGGAGGGCCGGCUGGGCAGCAAGUGGCCGGUGUUCGAGCUCAAGGCCAUCCGCUGCCUCAACUGCAUGGCGGAGCUGGAGCCCGCCCGGCGCCACGUCAAGCUCGAGCAGGACUGGCGGGCGGUGGCGCACGGCGCCCUCAAGUUCGCCUUCAACUUCUUCUUCUUCCCCUUCCUGUCGGCCGCCUGAGGAGGUCCCUGUGGGCAUGCUGGCGCUCGUGCCCGGAAACGCUGCAGACUGUCCGUCCCCCCGCCCGCUUCUCCGCGCACACGCGCACACAGCACACACACACACACACG